CUUGAUUUUAAUUAGAUCACUAUUUUUCAUUCAUACCGGAUCAUCACGUCUACUCUUACCGAUAAAAAAAAAAAAAAACUAUUUAUAUUCGACAAAUCGAUAGCUUCAGUUCGUUAUGGGAGCUAUUGCCAUACAAAGAUUCAAUGGUGGCAUCAUCUUCGUUAGUUUCAUUAUUUCUGUCAUUGGUGCUAUGACUACUUUGGAAUUAUUGACAAGACGAACUCAUAUACAAGGCAGAUAUAAUUGGUAUCUGUUAUUAUCAGCCGCACUUGCAAUGGGUAGUGUUGGUAUAUGGUCGAUGCAUUUUAUUGGAAAUAACAGUUUGACCUUGGUGUUUCCAAAUCAUACUCAACCUUAUCAAUUGGCCUAUUCUGGAGGAUAUACUUUUGCUAGUUUGGUUGUCGCUAUUGCCUGCAUGUUUGUAUCUUUUUCCUUUGUUGGUGUAACGGAACAUGUUCAAACAUAUCGUAUCAUUCUUAGUGGCAUCCUGGCUGGGUCUGGAAUUGCUACAAUGCACUAUUUAGGGCAAUUCGCGAUUGAAUAUUUUCAAGUAGUUUACAACCCCCCUUAUGUUGUUGGUGCUGUUAUUAUUGCAUGUACCGCUGUCACGGCUGCUCUAUGGAUCUUCUUCAAAUUAAGAGAACAAUGGAUGAAUCAAUGGUACAAACGUCUUGGUUGUGCAAUCAUCAUGGGAGUUGCUGUCUGUGGUAUGCAUUACACUGCUAUGGCAGGGACUGAAUAUUAUGCUGAUGAUAAUGGUAGUCCUCCUCCUACACCAUUGCUGCCCACACCUGCAUUGAUUGGUGUGAUUUGUGCUAUUGUGGUUAUUGCUUGUAUAUCCUUAUUCUAUAUUGGUGUCAAAUGUAGUAUGAGACGACUGGCAGAAAAUUCAGAAAAAGCCAAAAGACGUUUGGUUGUGGAUUUGGUCUUGUUCGAUGGAAGUGGACGAAUCAUGGUGGAUAUUGGUGGUCUAUUACCAAGUAGAGAAGUGUUAUCUGACAUUCAAUUCAAAACUACUCGUCAAGAAUUCUCUUCUACACAUCCUCUUUUUGUUCGUUUAUUUCAAGUCGUCACACAAUGGUCUACAAUACCCACUCUGGAAGACUACGAACGUACCUCACACUCUGGUGAAUUCAACACUGCUGAACGUCGUUUCCACGAAGCUACUUCAAGUCUAAUGGAAUCCUUACAUCUUAAUGAUGCUUCUGAACUUGGUCUCCUAUACGAAUCAGUUAUCGAAACACACACCAUUCAUCGACUUAGUUUAUUCCAACAGAAACGACUUGCCAUGAAACAGGGUCUCAAAAAUUUUAAAAGUAGUUUUAUCUCUAGUCAAGUCGAUGAUAAUGCUACUGAUUAUGACGACGAAUAUUCACUCUCGGAAACAGCUCCUACAACUUCUUGUAGUAACUCAUGGAAACCUGAAUCAAAGAAAACUUCGUUCGAUCAAGCAAACGUUAUGGAAUCAAAAGUAUUGGGUAAAAAGAAGGUAUCAUCAUCCACUGUUCGCCUUGAAUACAAACGACACUCUUCUACUCAACAGUUCCACUCGACAGAACCAUCCAGGGUUGAAGGUGAUGAAGAACGACAUAUUGUGCUUGUACGUCAACUUACUUCUGAUAAAGAUAUCCAUCGAUUUAUGGCUCAAGGUUACCGGUUUGCAGGUCCUACUUUUAUCUCCAAAAUUAUGGCUGACAAAUUGCACGUUCCCAAUGAAUAUUUACUGAACCACUUCCGUGAUAUGAUGCUAUUGGCUCAAAGUUCUCUUCGACUCACUGGUGAUACUUCUCCUCGUGUUCUGGUUGGUCUUAUGGGUCUUAUAGAUGAAGGUCAAACUUAUGACAAUGUACAAAUGGUGGUAGACAAGAAAAGUCGGUAUGGUAUUCCUAUUGUGGAUUUGACUUAUAAGGAUACUGGUGAAAUUGUACGACAAUUAUCAGCGGAUGACAAACAAUGUUUAUCACAUACAUUUCAAGAUACUACAAUGAAGAGUCAUCGAUUUGCAAGAGCACUUGAAUUGGCGAGUCAACGAUUAAUUCAAGUCACUGGAACCAAUGGAAUGCAUUUAGGUCUCUAUGGUGCUGUUUUACAAGCUGAAGUAUUGGAUAUUCCAGCCUUUGCUCUCACAACUGGUCCUUGUAGUUUGAUACUUUUCCGAAUAUGUUUGCGUACACCUGGAACGAUAGCGGCGAUUCAACAACAUGCAUCAAUUGAACCUAUUCGAUGUAUACCAUCUUUACUUGGAGUACCUCUUGCCUAUGCCAUCACCCAACGAGCUGCGGAUCAAUACCAAAAAUCAACAUCAAAAUUCAGCUGGGGUACAGAGCUCCAACAACAAAUGCUUUAUGGAAAUUUCGCUCGUAACCAACCAGGAUCAUUGGCGUAUCUUCCAGAUAUCAUGACAUCAUUACCUCCGCCACCAAGAGUCAAGCGUAGCAGGCAACCUACCACUUUGGACACUACGAAUAACAAAUCAUCAACAUCACCUGCCGCCACUCUCUCGACAAAAUAUCAAUCGAUGAACGAAAUGGAAUCCACUUUGAAUAUCUUAUCAGCAAAGGAUCGGUUUAUAUGGUUGGACCAAGUGCUUGUCGAAUGCUUGCAUUCCAUUUCAUCUUGAUACUAUUUAGGAUACUAGUUA